AUGGAUUUUCUAUUUGGACUUCCAUGGACUCAGAGUGGACACGAUGACAUAUGGAUCCUUGUAGACAGACUGACGAAGACUGCUAGAUUUUUGCCUAUUAAAGUCACUCAUGGUCAGUCAAAAAGAACUAUUCAGACUUUGGAAGACAUAUUACGAGCUUGUGUACUACAGUUCAAAGGGAAUUGGGAUACUCAUCUUCCUUUGAUGGAGUUUCCUUAUAAUAACAGUUAUCAUUCGAGUAUAGAAAUGGCUCCUUUUGAAGUAUUGUAUGGUAGAAAGUGCAGAACUCCAAUAGAUGCAGAAGAAAUCUUGAAUUUGAUGUUGAGGAUAGAGUUUUCAUGCGAUUGUUGCCAUGAAAAGGUGUUAUCAGAUUUGGGAAAUGAGCAUAUUCCAGAUCCAUCUCAUGUUUUGGAAUCACAACCAGUAGAGCUGAAAGAAAAUCUUAUAUGUGAAGAGGAACCAGUUCAGAUGUUGGACAAAAAGGAACAAGUCUUACAUAGUAAGACUAUUCAUUUGGUUAAAGUCUUGCGAAGGAAUUAUGCUAUGGAAGAAGCGACAUGGGAAAGUGAAGAACAGAUUCGUUCUCAGUAUCCCUAG